AUGGCUUCGAAGGCGGCCCCCUCCUGCCGUCUGGUCUUCUGCCUCUUGAUCUCCGCUGCUGUCCUUAGGGCAGGUCUUGGAUGGUACACUGUAAACUCAGCAUAUGGAGAUACCAUUAUCAUGCCUUGCCGAGUUGAUGUGCCUCAGAAUCUCAUGUUUGGCAAAUGGAAAUAUGAAAAGCCCGAUGGCUCCCCAGUAUUUAUUGCCUUCAGGUCCUCCACAAAGAAAAGUGUGCAGUACGAUGAUGUACCAGAAUACAAAGACAGAUUGAGCCUCUCAGAAAACUACACUCUCUCUAUCAGUAAUGCAAGGAUCAGUGAUGAAAAGAGAUUUGUGUGCAUGCUGGUAACGGAGGACGACGUGUUUGAGGCUCCUACAGCAGUCAAGGUGUUCAAGCAACCAUCUAAACCUGAAAUUGUAAGCAAAGCCCCAUUUCUUGAGACAGACCAGCUUAAAAAGUUGGGUGAGUGCAUUUCAAAAGACAGUUAUCCAGAUGGCAACAUCACGUGGUACAGGAAUGGAAAAGUUCUGCAGCCUCUUGAAGGAGCGGUGGUCAUAAUUUUUAGAAAGCAAAUGGACCCAGUAACUCAGCUCUAUACCAUGACUUCAUCCCUGGAGUACAAGACAUCCAAGGCUGACAUACAAAUGCCAUUCACCUGCUCUGUGACAUAUUAUGGACCGUCUGGCCAGAAAACAGUUUACUCUGAACAAGCAGUUUUUGAUAUUUACUAUCCUACAGAGCAGGUGACAAUCCAAGUGCUGCCAUCAAAAAAUGCCAUCAAAGAAGGGGACAAUAUCACUCUUAAAUGCCUGGGAAAUGGUAACCCUCCUCCUGAGGAGUUUUUGUUUUACUUGCCAGGACAGCCUGAAGGAAUUAGAAGUUCAAAUACUUACACACUGACAGAUGUGAAACGCAAUGCAACAGGAGACUAUAAAUGCUCCCUGGUAGACAAAAAAAGCAUGAUUGCUUCAGCAGCCAUCACAGUUCACUAUUUGGAUUUGUCCUUAAACCCAAGUGGGGAGGUGACCAAGCAGAUUGGCGAUGCUCUGCCUGUGUCAUGCACAAUAUCUGCCAGUAGGAAUGCAACUGUGGUGUGGAUGAAAGAUAACAUCAAGCUUCGAUCUAGCCCAUCAUUUUCUAGUCUCCAUUACCAGGAUGCUGGAAACUAUGUCUGUGAAACUGCUCUGCAAGAGGUUGAAGGAUUAAAGAAAAGAGAGUCGUUGACUCUGAUUGUAGAAGGAAAACCUCAAAUCAAAAUGACAAAGAAAACUGACCCUAGUGGACUGUCUAAAACAAUAAUCUGCCAUGUGGAAGGUUUUCCAAAGCCAGCUAUACAGUGGACAAUUACUGGCAGUGGAAGUGUCAUAAAUCAAGCAAAGGAAUCUCCAUAUAUCAAUGGCAGGUAUUAUAGUAAAAUUAUCAUUUCCCCUGAAGAGAAUGUUACAUUAACUUGCACAGCAGAAAACCAGCUGGAGAGAACAGUAAACUCCUUGAAUGUCUCUGCUAUAAGUAUUCCAGAACACGAUGAGGCAGACGAGAUAAGUGAUGAAAACAAAGAAAAGGUUAAUGACCAGGCAAAACUAAUUGUGGGAAUUGUUGUUGGUCUCCUCCUCGCUGCCCUAGUUGCCGGUGUAGUCUAUUGGCUAUACAUGAAGAAAUCAAAGACUGCAUCAAAACAUGUAAACAAGGACCUUGGUAAUAUGGAAGAAAACAAAAAGUUAGAAGAAAACAGUCACAAAACAGAAGCCUAA